AGUAAAAUAGAGACGGAACUGCUGCUGACUCACAACAGCAGCUACAGUUAGCGCACACUCCACACUUCACACGAAUUACACAGCUGCAAACAUGGGUUCUUCUCCAGCCAAACCUGAAUUCAGCACUGUUUUGGCAGAUAAACAUGUAACAUAUGGACAACAGAUUAUGUUACACUGUGUGGCGAACACACCUGAUCUAACUGUAACAUGGAAAAAGGAUGACCACAAAUUGGACUGUGUGGAUGGCAAGCAUUCAAUACGAAAAAUAGGGGCAGAUUGUUACCUCGACAUUUCAAAUGCUACUGAAGGAGAUGAAGGAAAGUACAGCAUACAUCUGGAGAACUCAUCGGGUAGCGACACACGGUCUUGCAUGGUCACUGUUGAGCUUAAAGAAUGGAGAUCAGUCCAGUGGAACCAAGAUCCAAUGAUCAACAAACUGAGGAACUUUCAGAUCAGCAACGAGGGCGUCCGAGAGCUCCACUUCCUUCUGUACGGGCCAGUCGGGGCAGGAAAAUCCAGCAUCAUCAACACCAUCAAAAGCAUUUUCGAAGAACGUCAGUACAUCGAAUGUCUGGCUGCAGCAGAGUCUACUACCAGUCAAACCAUCCAUUUUCAGAAAUUUUCAAUGGCAAAGGAUGGAUCAUUUCCUUUCGCAUUCAGCGACAUCAUGGGUGUGGAAAAAGAGCUUCUUAAAGGGGUGUCCAGUGAAGACAUCAUCAGUGCUUUAAAAGGACAUGUCAAAGAAGGGUACACGUUCAACCCUGUAAUCCCACUCACCGAUCCCAACGAAUAUUACCGGACGAAUCCUGGCCCAAAUGACAAGAUACACUGCCUGAUUAAUGUCAUGCCAGCAGACAAGCUUGCGAUGAUGGCAGAUGACUUCAUCAAAAAAAUGAAGCAAGUCAGAGUAGCGGCAAGCAGGAUGAAUAUCCCUCAAGUGGUUUUCCUGACGAGAAUAGAUCGCACGUGCCAAAUGACCAAAGAAGAUCUGCGCAAAGUCUACAAAAGCAAGAAAAUCAGGGAUAAGAUGCGUGAGUGCAGUAACACUCUUGGAGUCCCAGUAAACUGCAUUUUCCCCGUGUGGAACUAUCAUGAAGAGACCGGAGUCAAUGCAGAGAUAAACUGUCUGAUGCUGAACGCUCUAACACAGAUCAUCCCCUGGGCUAACGACUACAUAGUUAAAAGUCUCAACAACCAGCCACGUUUAGAAUGAGGAGAACUAUAAGGCAGCCAGCAAGAAAAUAAAGUUCAAGAGUUUGAUCUGUUAUGGGGAAAACAACUAAUAAAAAAGAGAAAUUACUUAUUUAAUUACUUAAUAAUAAUGAUGAAUUAUAUUUAGUGAUAAGUGCCCUGCAUAUUUCAGAAUUUCAUGAAAAGCUAUUAUCCGUUAGUGGUAUAUUUAUUAUAAACUGCAGCUACAUUUCCUUCAUCCUUCUGUAUAAAUUUCAAAGGGAAUUUUCAAUGCUUGUUGCAUCAAAUAUUUCAAUAUUUAGUCAUGAAAAUGUUAGGAUAUAAUAAUAAAAUAUCCUCCUGCAUAAAAUAUUUGUUGGAAUAAAAUAAAAAAAUAAAUAGAUUUGGGCUUUAGUGAAACAGGUAUGUUCACCCCUAUACUUUUGUUCACCCCUGACUUUUUGAAAUACACUGCUAGUUUAUUAAAAUACACUCUUUAUACACGCAGUAUCUCCACACAGGUAAGUCUCUGGGCACCGCCAUCUUGAAAUUAAGUCAUGAUGAGCACAAAUGAAUAGGUAAGAUAGGGGAACAGAUUGCAAAAUUUAUUCAGUGUAAAUAGCUGAAUAUUAUAGAGAUACGUAUUUUCAGCAACAGCUUAAAUUCAUGCAUUUCCACAGAAUUAAUUUUGUAAUCUGUUCACCUAUCCUACUUAUUCGUUUUUGUAUGCAGUUGACUUAUCGUAACUUAUUGUGAUCGUAAUUUCAACAUGGUGUUAAUGAUGUAAUAAUAGCAAUUAAUUUUCAUGAGCAACGGUAUGCCCCUAUCAAUAGCAUUGUAAGCCUGUUUGGAGCAUCCGCUAAAACACUGUAUUUUGGAAUGCUGAGGGUGAAUGGAGGUUGGCUAUUCGACAAAAUGUUAUACGACUUGUUAUCUUGUUUUACUACACCUCAAGUCCAUUUCACACCAGAUUUCAGCUUUAAUUUAGUUUUUAUGUUAUGUGGGUAUUCAUUUUGGUUAUUUGUAUUUCACAGUGUCAUGUAUUACAAUAUAAUUCAUAUGUGUUAGCCUGGAUUGUUCUGGUACAAGCAGAGCUAACAAAGCAGUCCCUGAUGGAAAUCAUAGGUAUUGUUGACUUCUCUCCAAAUGUUAAAUUUAUGGUUGUGGCCAAAAAUUUCAAUUUUGAGUUUAAUAACUUUGUUUCAGGCAUGUUGAGGCUUGAGGCUUAUCAUUGUAAUGAUAAUUCUUAUGAUCAGGGUCAUUUAGAUUUAAUAAGAUUUUGUUUCUGCUAGCAUUGUGAUUGUAAAAGGGCAGACACAAUUGUUUGGUAAUAAGCGGCUAAACCAAACCCAAAGCAUGAACAAAAUAAUUUUUUUGUGUUUUUGUGUCAUUCAUAUUCUCUGAAAAAAAUCACAAAUGUAUUUCAACUAAAUAAAAUGAUCCUGCUUUUGUUGGAGCUGUUA